UGUCCCACGAUCCCGUGUUGCCCCGCCGCAGCCCGCUUCACUGGCCGUCCUGUAUUCCAGGCGCCGGCAUCUUCAGUGUGGGCACCCGGCUGUGACAGCUUGCGGCUUCACAGCCGGGUUCCCACUGCGCAUAUGCGAGUAGCACUGAGCUUCCUGAAUGGUCCUGUAGUCUUCUGGGACCUGUCACGUGUCCCUCAAGACUUCAGGGAGGGAGGGUAGGAGGACAACUUCUGCUUCUGAUCGCCUAGGCGAUCGCAGCGGAAGUGGCGGCAGGUUCCUGUCAAAUUAGGGUACCCCCCCCCCCCCCCGCUCCCCAAAGGUGCCAAUCCUUAAUGGGGAGCGGGGGACCAAUCUUUAAAGAGGAACUUCCCCUUUUGGGUGGAACUCCAC